AUGUCGGGCCUGCGGUCACUCGGCUGUGGAGACAAGGCCGAAUCAGAGGCCGCACGGCUGGCCGGCUCCCUCCCCUCCCGGCCUUCCCCGGGGACGCGAGCGCGCCGCGUGAGCCGCGGUUCCCGCGCGCAGCAGGCCGCGGCGCCGGGGGGCUGCGGGGCCGGGGCGCAGGGCCCGGAGGCGGGCACACGUGACGGGCCCGCGCGCCUCCCGGGCGGCGUCACGAGGGGCGGGGCGCCGUGGGCCGGGCGGCGGCGGCCCGGCGAGCGGCGCGGGCGCCAGGACGCGGAGCGCGGCGGCCCGGAGCGCGGCCGGGGCCGGGCCAUGUCCGGCGGCGCGGGGGCGGGCGCGGGGCCGCGGCGGCCCGGGCCGCGGAGCCUCAGCUGCGUCUCGGAGGCGGACGGCGCGGCGGGCGCGGGUUCCCGGGCCGGGUCGGGCGCCGGGGCCCCGCGGCGCGCGCGCUCGCUGCCCGGCUCGCCCGAGCGGCGGCCUCCGGGCGCGGGCUGCGGCCGGCCGCUCCGCGUGCGCUUCGCCGACGCGCUGGGGCUGGAGCUGGCGCAGGUGCGGCUGUUCCGCGCCGGGGAGCGGCCGGCCGUGCCCCCGCACGUGCUGUCGCGCCUGGCCGCGCCCGCUGCGCCCGCCUUCACGCUGCGCUGCCUCGUGCCAGACUUCGCGCCGCCCGUCGACGCGCCCGGCUUCGGGGAGCGCGUGCGGCGCCAGCGCGUGUGCCUGGAGCGCGUCACCUGCUCGGACCUGGGCGUGCGCGGCUCGGUGCGCGUGUGCAACGUGGCCUUCGAGAAGCAGGUGGCCGUGCGCUACACGCUGUCAGGCUGGCGCCGCGCGCACGAGGCGGCGGCGCGCUGGCGCGGCCCGGCGGGCGCGGCGGGCGCCGAGGACGUGUUCGCCUUCGCCUUCCCGGUGCCGCCCUUCGUGCUGGCGCGCGGCGCCCGCGUGCACUUCGCGCUGCGCUACCGCGUGGCCGGCGCCGAGUACUGGGACAACAACGACGGGCGCGACUACAGCCUGACGGUGCGCGAGCACCCGCUGCGCCUGCCGCCCGGCGAGUGCGAGGAGAGCUGGAUCCACUUCGUCUGAGCCCGGGAGCCGAGCCCCGGCCGUGCCUCAUGGCCCAGCCCUGGCCAGCUCCUGUCUCCUCCAUCAGUCGACAGCUGAGGAAGAGGAAAACUUACAGCCUGGCAGCCAGCCAGCGGCGCCAGGGACAUCCCGUGCUCCUUCGCCGACCUGCGUCUCCCCGGUCCGCCUCUCUCGGCCGGAGCCCGACCUAUGCAUCGUACAAAACUCUGCCUUACAUCCUUUCAGUUUCCAGGCCACUCUUCGGAAUUUCAGGCGGCAGUGGCCUCUGGCAGUUACCUCUCUGGGCGCUGUCAUCUCCUGUGUCAGGGAGCCCAGUGAUCAUCUUUCAGAAGCCAUAGCCACGCGGAGCCAGGUGUUCCCUGCACCAGCCAGAGCCUGGGAGAAAGACGCUUCUCCACGACUCUCCGGUCAUCUGAAGUUGUGUUUGGUGCGCCCACUCCGUCAACGCCUGUCCAGUGGACUCUGUGCCUUCCUGUCGGGGGUUCUUGACAGCAUCCAAGUGGACUCCCAGUUGGAAAACAAGUGCUUUGCUUAUCUCCAGUCCAGAUGUCAAGGCCUUUAUCCCCCGCAGAGUGCCCUAGUGACUUGAAACUCCCAGCAAGGGGCCAAUGAUUUCUUCCGGUGCUGAGCCUGGGCUCUGAUGGUAGGUGCUAGCACCGCGGGGUGCCAACCCAGCCAGCAGGACACAGUCUCCUUGGGAAGCUGGCUCCCAAGACAGCUGAAACCACUGUGAUCUCGCUUACGAUUGUUCUCACCACUGACUCAACUGUGAAUUUUGGAAUGCUUGUUGACAUUUGUCACGUCAGUAUUUCAAGGAUAUGUUUUGCCUUUUAACCAAUUUGUAAUUUCUCCUCCUUCAGUAACUGCCUUGUUGUGUGUUUGAAACUGCAAGAGCAGAAGUGGUUUUCUUUGCUCCUUUCUGAUACAGGAACUCUGAGUUUUGAUUUUUAAAAUUCUAAUUAAAUUGAUUGACUUUUGGCUAGUAGGGACAGAGAGAGAGCGAGCGAGAGAGAGAGAAGUCUGGCUGUGUUUCCUGCUAUUGAACAGACUGUUUAGUGAGGUUAGCGCGUCCGUGAAGGCCUUGGCGUUGAGGCCUGUUGCCCAGACCUGAGCCUAAGAGAAUCAGCCCGAGUAUUUUGAUCUUAGAAAGCUACCAGAUGUGGUGUAAAGGCAUGUAGAUGAUCCGGGAGGAAUGGAAGAAGAAGUGUGAUCUCUCCCCCAUCCCCACGUUAAGAGAACCUCCAUGUGCCUUUUAAGAAGAUCAGUGUUUCCACACAUAAGUGCUUCAGUGUCCUUGCCCGGCUGAUCCAGAGCUGGGGACAGUCACAGCCCGCAGACACACAUCGCUGAGAUGUUCAAACUCUGUAAUGGAUUGUCUCCCCGACUGUAUCUUAAUGCCUGAUAUUUAAGAUGAUUGAACUCAAGCCUCAUUAUUAAAGUGUAUGUGCCCAAUUAUUAGUGUGUUUUGCUUGUUGUUCUGCUUGCAGCACCAGGGGUCCAGGCCGAGGGCCCUCCAGCGUGCAGAGAAUACGCUGUCCCACGUGGCCCCUUCCUCAGUGCCAGGGGACAUUGCUUUAUCUAUUUACAGACACAAGACAUAUAAUCCUGGAUUUUUAAAUCAUAUUGUCCUCCCCUUCAAGAACAGCAGUCUUCAGCCACCAGUCCCUGCACAGUGCUGGCUGCAGGGGUAGGACGUUGACAGCCCCUUCCAUGGACAGGUGCAGGCCAGAGGCGGCCCUUGGUGUGCAAAGGUUGAAGAAGGCCGUCUUUAAAAACACUGCAAUUUAGUGUCUUGCCUCCCUUUUACAGUUAAGUCAUGCAGUGAUCUUUCUGAGAAGCCACAGUCUCCAAUGCCAGGUCAGGAAGAAAACUCCAGGGGAGCUUAGGGGCUGGGAUAGAAACUGCCCCGUGGAACUCUCGAAACCCCAAGUUCAGAAUCAUCAUGCCUCAUCCUCCUGCCUCCCUGAGUCCCCCCCAAUCAUGGCGAUCUGGCCCAAAUACAAAGCCUUGUGCUUAGGUGGGAAAACUUGCUUUUAUUUUGGCCUUGCUUUAGGGCUGACGUGUUGGUGCUCAAGGAUCACUCCUGGUAGGGCUGGGCCAUCACGUGGCUCUGAGGAUGGACGCCCAGUCAGCUUUGCCUCCUACCCACUGUACUAUCUGACCCAGCACUAUGACUUUUUAAAGUUUAUGGCUCUUUGCCGCCCAUAGUGUUUGAUGCUAUAUUUGAUUUCAUGUUAAUUCAGAAAACCACGCAACCUGGGCGAUAAUAACUCCUUUUCCUAGCUAAUGAAGUUGAAGCUGAGAAGUUUAAUUGAUCUAACGGUCUACAGCCAGCAAGUUGGGAAUUCAAACUACACCUGAGCCUGUGCUUUCUCUUUCUGCCCCGUCCCCGCCCCACACAAUAGGAUGCAUACUGUAUGUUAAAUUGAACUGAAAACCCAAGUUUGGUUGUGAGAAUGUCUCUCAUUAACAUACUUUAAAAUUGUAUCUUAAAGAUUCAGACCAGACGAAGUGAGUGGGUUUUUCUUUUCCCAUGUGGCAGUGUGGUUGCU